UCUCAUUGCUUCACAUAUAAAAACACAGAUUGCAGGUACCCCGGGACAGUGAGGGACAGGCUGAAGAAAUGGCGAAUCCCCAUACAUUGGCCCUUAUGCUAGUACUGGCUCUGUGCCUGGCGGCAGACGCUGUCAAUCCUGGGUUUGUGGUGAGACUCACACAGAAAGGGCUGGACUAUGCCCGCCAGGAAGGGAUGACUGUUCUGCAGCAGCGACUUUCUAAGAUUCACAUGCCGGAUUUCUCAGGAUCAACGCACGUUAAACAUCUUGGAAAAGUAAAGUACAGUUUUUAUAGAAUGAGUGUCCGUAGCUUCCAGUUGCCAAACUCGCAGAUCAGCUUUGUUCCUGGUACUGGCCUGAAAUUGACAAUUUCCGGGGCUUUCAUCCAGGUAGACGGAACGUGGAGAGUAAGCUACCACCAUAUAUCUACCCAUGGGGGAUUUGAUCUGAAGGUUGAGGGACUCAGUAUCUCCGUAGGCUUAAAGUUGGGCAGUGAUGGAUCUGGAAGACCAACCAUUGCCCCGUCUGAUUGUAGCAACCACAUCGGCGAUGUCCACGUGCACAUCUCUGGGAAGUUUGGCUGGCUUGCAGACGUAUUCCGCCACAGCAUCGAGAAAGAUUUAAGAAAUGCCAUUGAGAAGCAGAUCUGCCCCAUUGUGAGUGACUCUAUCACUAGCAAACUUGAACCACUUCUUCAAACCUUACCAGUUACAGCAAAGAUUGACAAGGUAGCCGCCAUUGAUUACUCCCUGACGGGACCUCCACCGGUGACUGCUGACUUUGUGGACGUGCAACUAAAGGGAGAAUUUUUUAUCUUCGCAAAUCGGACUACUCCUCCUUUCUCCCCACCUGCACUGUCCUUACCAGUGGAUCACAGCCUGAUGGUUUACUUUGGAGUGUCCGAUUAUUUGUUUAACACCGCUGGCUACGUCUACCAGUCAGCUGGCAAGCUCACCUUUACAGUCACCGAUGAUAUGAUCCCAAAGGACUUCAGUAUUCGCCUAAACACUUCAUCCUUUGGGACACUUGUACCCCAGAUAUCAAAAAUGUACCCGAAUAUGCUCAUGAAGCUGGUGAUCUCAUCGGUCUCUGCUCCAUAUUUGACCAUAAAGCCUGGAAACGUGACCAUUUCACCUGUGAUGGAUCUCAAAGCCUAUGCCAUUCUACCCAACAGCAGCCUGGCAUCUCUGUUUGAUCUAAAACUGACCACCACUGCUGUGGUGAAGAUAGGUGUAACUUCAGGCAGAAUUGUUGGUACUUUGGAUCUUAGCAGGGUUCAAAUGGAGCUGAUAGCUUCUGAUGUGGGACCGUUCUCUGUGGCAUUAUUAAAUGUGGCUGUGAAUUAUUACAUCUCACACAUCGUCCUACCCCAGGUUAAUGCAAUCCUGACCAAAGGAUACCCAUUGCCAUUGCUGGAUCACGUGCAGCUCACGGACGUUGUCCUACAACAGAGUCAGGACUUCCUUCUUUUUGGGGCUAAUGUACAUUACAACUAAAUAAUGGACAGCAACCAACCAAGCUCAGAAUAGGACUCGAUAUGGACAAGAUCUGAAGAUCUCUUCUGAUGUUUUGGCUGAAAUUGGCUUAACCAAGACUGGAGUGUUAACCAGUGUGUACAUUUUAACAUAUAGAAAUGUAUGAAAUAACAUUAAAAUAUUUUUAUGGAGAGGACACAAUCAUGCAUUAUGCACAUUGUAUGCAAGUCCAAAUAUGAUGUACAUUUAACCUAUUUUACUUGGCUUAUAAAACAUUUUUCAGAAAUAUCCAAAUUAUGAGCUGCAACUCUUAAUGCAUCAUUUAAUCUCCUCUCAAUGUUCUGCAAUUUACAAGCCGUAGAACCUACACCAUCUUCAAGCAAUGCUGGAUUAGGGACUUCAUGUGUCUGGCAUUGAAAAUUAAGCUAGACCUAAAUAUACCAUUUGAGUAUCUGGUCUCAUGCACCUGACUUUCAUUUUAAGCAUAUAAUAUCCACCUUCAUAAGCAGGAGGAAUUUGCUUAAAAAAACAAGGGUUCAAAGUGGUCACAGCCUGUCUUAUGGGUCAUGGUGCACAAGGAAUCCAUACUAUGGAUAUUCUUGGAGCAUGGAUAGGCCAUUCCUAUGUGCAUUUGGCCCCUCCAGUUCUUAAUCAGGACACACAUCAGGCAGAUCAGUAUAUAGAAUACUAAAGCUAUCUUUGGUACUAUUAAAUUUUGUGGACAGUGUUUACCAUGAUGCUCUACUAGGUCAAUUCCUAUGAUGCUAAGUUAGGCCAAUGAAUAUUUGGUGCCUUCUUGGCCAAACACAUUAAUAAUGUACCCAGCAUUUCAGGACAGUAGUCAAAGAUUAAAAAAACACAACAAUCAGGCAGCUAAGGUAUAUUGUAAUUCAUGAGCCUAGAGCUUCAGCUCCAAUAGUUUCUGUUAAUCUAAUCUAGCACUGGCUUCAGGUCACCAUCUAGAUCAUGGGUCCUCAAACUCCGGCCCCCCAGAUGUUGCUGAACGACAACUCCCAUGAUUCUUUUGAAUUACAUAGCCAGAAAAUCAUGGGAGUUGUAGUUCAGCAACAUCUGUGGGGCCGGAGUUUGAGGACCCAUGCUCUAGCUUCUCGCACUGAUGGACUUGAUAAAAUGAGUACCGCUGAGAUGGGUUAUCGCAUCUAUGACUCAGGAAAUACAUUAAAAUGAGUACAAAUUUGUAAGCAUCCAUUACAAUUCUCACUUUCAAUACUAGUGUUACAAUAAGGCAGCUAGACCUGCUUAUGGAGUAACCUUCCAGAAAACAUCACAUGUAUCACAGUUCCAAAAUCUUCACAUUAUUUUUUUUCUCACUUUAUAAAAUCAAAAUGUA